CAUUUCGCUUGUCUGUUGUGUAUGUUUUCAAACUAGGAAUUUGGUUCUGGCAUGUUUUCAUUGUCAGACGAGUACCAAAAAUAUUAUAUCAGUGCAGUAUCUAGCUUUAAUCAAUCGUGUUGCAUCAGCGGCUAAAUGUGAUCGCGAUAUUAUAUUUUGUAAUGGAAACGGCGUUUUUUGUAGCAAAUACAUUCUCUGUACCUGACAGCUACAUAAAAACAACUACUGUAAGUGAUCGUGUACUUGUGGCGGUACACCAUUCAUGGCUACACUCUCUGAUAAGGACGCACCAACUUCCAGAAUUUAUUGUGCAUGAUGUUCUAUUACCGGAAGAAGUUAAGAUUCUCUUGGAGCAAGGAGAAGAUCUUGGUCCGCACUGGAAGAAAAUAUAUGUUAGAAUUUUGCACAAACAAACACAAAAGGUGAUACCUCUUCCUCGAGUAAGGGUAGAGAGCUCAAGUUCGGAAACUGCUUUAUCAUUUUCUCAGCUCUUACACUAUGUUGCACAGACAAAUUUCAAGAAUCUGUGGAAAGAUGCCUUCAAAAAGUAUUUUAAUGUAUGUGGAGCUGUAUCAAAUGAUGGUAAAAAUGCAUCUAGAAUCACACUUACAGACAGUGAUGCAGUCAUGCGUGAAGUGAUAUUACGAACAUUUGGUUGCCCAAUUUUUCGCCUUGAUGAAGGUUUUAUUGAUGUGUAUAAUGAAGAUGGAAAGAAAUCAUUUGAAGUUCACUGCAAUAUCUUGCCAGCACUAUGUGCCGUGGAGACACCACAAUGCUUUCUACUGAUCCAGGAACCGUACAUAAAGCACACACUACAAGACUGUGUUACAUUCAGUCCAGCAUUGCUUGGAACGUCUCACAUCAAGCCUCUUUUUAUAAUCUACCAACUAUUGCAAGCAAUGCGAUCAAUGCACGAUCGUGGCCUUGUGCUUGGAGAAAUUGCACUAAGUGAUAUCCUUAUAACCGAGAAUCUUUGGAUACAGGUAAUGCCACGACUGGAAGAUAACAUCAAUUAUGAUCCGUCUUCCAAUGUUGGAGAUGCAGAGAAUGAAAAUAUGUUCAGUCCAAAAAUUCAAAAUGUAGAACUGGUAGCAAAUGAUCUCAAAGAAGAUAUAUCAGCACAGAGCAAUAUUAGGCCUCAUGAGGAAGUGAGGACGCACCAAGAAUACUUCCAGAGAUACUCAAACCCUCAUAACAAGUUUAUUCCCAAGACUGAUACUGACCAUAAAAUGUUGGACCAUAAAAGCAAUAAACAAAAGCUUGAAAAAAUACCUUUAGAGAGCUAUUGUGAACAAUGGAUUAGAGGGCAGCUAUCUAAUUUUGAUUACUUGACCAUCUUAAACAAUUUAGCUGGUAGACGCCAUGGGGACCCUGUCUGUCACCAUGUUAUGCCAUGGGUAACAGAUUUCACCUCUCGGACAGGUUCUAACUGGCGUGAUCUGACACGUUCCAAAUAUAGGCUGAAUAAGGGGGACAGGCAGCUGGAUCUGACGUAUGACACAGCCACUGGGACAGCACAGGUGCCACACCAUGUUUCAGAAGUUCUCUCUGAAAUAACAUACUACGUGUACAUGGCACGGAGAAUACCAAAAUCCAUUCUCUGUAAAUACGUCCGCCCAAAAUGGGUCCCAGCAGAAUACCCUUCAUCCAUUCAGAGGAUGCAAGAAUGGACUCCUGAUGAAUGUAUUCCUGAAUUCUUUUCUGAUCCUACUGUUUUUGAGUCCAUCCAUGAGGAUCUUCCUAACCUGGAAAUUCCGUCUUGGGCAACUUCUGUUGAGGAUUUUAUUGAAAGACAUCGUGAUAUACUGGAGAGUAAUCAUGUCUCUGAAAGGCUACAUCACUGGAUAGAUCUAACCUUUGGUUACAAGUUAUCAGGAAGUGCUGCAGUGAAGUCGAAGAAUGUGUGUCUUCACCUUGUUGACAGCCAUAUGACCCUUGCACAAACAGGUGUAGUGCAGUUGUUUACACAGCCACAUCCAUCACGGAUUUGUGCGUCUCCAUACUGGGGAAAGACUCCACCCAGAUUACAGCCAUCACAGAGGGAUAAAAGGAACAAGAAUGUUGACCGUGCGAGUGAAGAUGAAGGCCACAGUUCAGGAUUCGAAGAAGAUGAACAGUCUUUGUCUCAGGGUGGAUCAAAAUCAUCACCACUUGCACUUAAUAAACUUUUGAGUCGAUCUAGAGGUUCACUGUUGGGCUCUUUUCCAACAUCUUCACCUGAUGAAACCUGCCCUCAGCAAAAGACAGGAGCUGGAAAUGGUGCUGCCUCCAUUAUGCUUCCAAAGGACUACAACCCAGUAGCUGCUAUUCAAAGUGUUGAAUCGAUGUACAACUUCCUUAACAAGACUCUGCACAACAGCCCUAAAUCUCUGAAAGAAGAAUCUCCUUGUAUUGGCAGUGGCAUUGGCUAUAAACAGAUUGUAGCUUCAAGAAGACUACAUGAAAUGGAGGUUCUGGGCUGCAUUGUGGUUGAAAUGCUGCUUGCUCAACAACUAAGACCUACCAGCAGCAGUGAACCAGUUUGUCCCAUGUUCAGACUUGAAAUAUGUCGUGCAGCUUUGUCACGAGCUGCUGACAUGGUACCACGCAAUGUGAGGCAUGCAAUAUCAUUGUUGCUCAUGGAAGAUACCAUGAGAGACUCCUGUGGGCGGCGGCCUGCAGUAACAUCUCGUGGCCUUCCGCCUCCAUCUGCUCACCAGCUGCUGCAGCCACUGUUAGCCCACUGUGCCUUCCCAUUUCCAGCACACUUCUUGACUCUCACAAAACUUCUCUGCCGUCACCACGAUUUCUGCAGCCUUGUUAGGGAAAUGUCAUUUUUGAACCUGCAGGAGACUGUUGAGCCUGACAUUGCUGAGAAGAUAAUGAACUUUAUUACUGAAAUAAACAAACUGAAAGUCAAGGUAAUGAAACAAGAACUGACAGUUCUACUUCCUGAAAUCUCAUCUGUUUCACAAGAAAGUCUUGAAUUAAUUCUUCCAUACAUCAAGGAACUUAUGGAAGACCCAGAAACAUCAGUGCUGGCAGCUUGGAACCUUUUUGAUCUUGUUGCAAAACAUCUUGGGCCUAAGCAUACUGCUAAGUUUCUGAUGCCAUCGAUUCUUAAACUGUAUGAGAAUGGCACAGAAGAUGACAGUGAGCAGAGCAGCAAACAUGUUAAACUAUACCAUCACAUUUUUCUGCUGCAGUUAAUUGUUCGUCUAGGACUCAAAACGUUCCUUGAGAAUUUUGUGAGUCCUUUGGUGGAAGCCGUUGGAGGCUACAGAGAUUACUACAGCCGUGAUGGAGCCUCCUUUCAGCAGGGUUCAGAUCUUAGAAAUGCAACAUCUUCUCUUAAAGGCUGUGAUUUUGACGACAGUACUGUAGUGGGUGUGCUUUCUCCAUUGGAUGAAGACUCUUCAGGUGACUCUGAAAAAUCUAAGCCAUCAAGUGGUGACAAUGUUGAGCAGACAGGAGAAACAGAGAAAGAUGUGCAAAAUGGUGCUGAACCAGAGGUCUUUGUGUUUGAAACAGGUGAAAAAUCAUCACCUGAUGACCCAGAAACUCCUUUGUAUCAUCUCAUGGAGCAUCUUGACUUGGAGUUGCCUGACCCUGCAGCUAUUGAUGAUGACGGCUCCCUAGAAAUAAAUUUUCAAGAAGAUGAGACUGUUCAUGAAGCAGCUGAAGAAGAUGCCAUUGAGGUUUCAGAAGAUUUCUCUGAUCCAGAAUUCCAUGCAGCAGACGGUAGCACUGUUCAUUUUAAUACUCCAGCUGCAUUUUUAGAGUCUAAAGACAUUGAUGUUUCUGAAAUGGAACCUGCAGCUGAAGAAACUCCAAACAAGACAAAUGAAAUUCAGCCUCUUCGGAAGAAAUCUAAUGCUCAAUUUAAGGUAUCAGACAUGAGUGCAGAAUCUGUCAUAUGGCUCUCUCACCGGCUCGGCCCGGUACUGACAGCACGUCAUCUCUCACGAAAUUUACUACGGAUGCUGGCACUGUGCUAUACAGGGUACUCCAACAUGGCUCGUGCAGCUCCACCCACAGCUGAAAUGGGUACUCUCAGCAUUGCUGAGGGACAUGUUCAGGGUGAUCAUAGUGCCUGCAAAGUCUUGGACUGCUUAACAUCUAUAGCUGCUUUGUAUGGGGAACAGAUGAUUGUUCUUCAGUAUCUUCCACAUAUGAGUGAGUUAAUAGCACUUUGCAAAAGGAAACUUACUCCAAAUUUAGAAGGUGGUGUAGUUGGGAGCCUGGCACUGCUCAGACAUAUUGUUCCAUUCCUGUCUGAUGCUGUUUUAAUGGACCAGCUACAGGAUGUUAUUUUGAAAUCUGUGCUAAACCCUGUUGUCAGACUUUUAUCAACAACACGCACAGUAUUUCCAUCUGGUGCAGCAGCACGUUCAGCUGUUGCUCGGAAAUUUGCUGAUGCCAUUUAUGUUGUUGCAUUGAGGAUCGGUCAAGAGAUGUCUCGACGCCAUCUAGCAGUACCUCUACUGCAGAGAUUUUUUCUUGCCUUCGACAAAGCCUUCAUGCGCUGUGCACUCGAUGAUUCAUUACAGGGUGCCCAGUCUGUGAAUUCAUCUACAAAAGAAGCUGCUACAAGGUCUGACAAUGACAGUGAGGGCCCUGACAUAUCUAUUGGAGCUGAAAUGCGUGGGAAUCUGCUCAACAGAGUGAAGGAGAAUGAUUUUACAGAUUCAUACUCUCCCCCUCCAGCUAUUUCUUCAGAUGGAGAGCAGUUGCUGGAGCAAACCAGACACCAGGCGAUGGAAGAGUUAAAAAAAGUAUUUGUGCCAGAGUUAGCACAUAGAACAUAUCUCCCAUUGCUAAGAUUCCUUGGUGAAUCAGUUAUGGCACAGUCUCUGAAGAACGAGGAAUUUAUUAGAAGUCUGUGUUCUCAGGCUGAACAGGAGAGUCAGCAACAGGCAUCCCCUGUGGGAAUUGUGGAAGACACAAGAUGCUCAUCUGACCGAUUGUCUCCAAGUGGGACACAGGUGGCAGAGAGGACAUCAACUGGUAGCUUUGGGAGUAAUGUUGAAGUUGUUGGCAAUAGAAUUGAUUUACAGAGUGCAGAUAUCCCUUCUGUUCUACCAACAGAAAGUGCGGGUAUUGCUUUUCAAGAAAGUGCAGGUGACUUGAUGAAUCUCAUAAGCAAAAAAAUGGAGAAUACAAACAGGCAUUUACAUGGAAACUGGUUGGCAUACUGGGAACAUGAGAUUGGGCGACCUGAUAAAGAAACAAAUUUUAAUUUCAAGCAGAUAAAACUUCAGAGAUUCUCAGGCCAUACAAGUAACAUCCGCACCAUACAAGUGUUAGACAAUGAAAAUAGUUUCCUUAGUGGAAGUCGUGACAAGACUGUGAAACUGUGGUCCCUAAGAAGCCAGGGUGAUGGAACUGCUGUUUCCCCGUGUCGAUGGACUUAUACUGGUCACCGUAAGUGUGUACUGGCAGUGGCACUUAUAGAGUCACUACGGCUUGCUGCCUCGUGUGACUCAAUCAUCCAUAUAUGGGACCCAUUUAUGGGAAGUGUAAUUGCUCAUAUGAACUCACCACGCUACCCACCUGUCAAUGUCCUUCAGGCUUUGCCACCACCAAGCCGUGUCCUGCUUGCGGCCACUACAGACACUACACUGCGGCUUGUUGAUGCACGAACCUGUUCUUUUGUCAAUGAACUGAAGGUGUCACAGAGUGCAACAGGACUAAUAAGAUGCAUUGCUGUUGGGCCUGAAGGCACAUGGGUGGCUGUUGGACAGUCAUCGGGAUUCCUGUCUAUGCUGGACAUCCGCACAGGUGCCCUACUGGCCUCUUGGAAAGGUCAUGACUCAGAGAUACUGCAACUUAUAUCAGCAAAUGGUGGCAACUCCAUUGUUAGCUCUUCUCUGGACCAGGCAGUUUCUGUUUGGAGUGCUGUUGAUGGCAGGUUCUGCUUUCCUAUGAAAGGGCCUACAGAACCUGUUCACUGUCUUAUGAGCUAUGGAUCGGAACUGAUAUCAGGGACCACAGCUAGCCGAAUAGGAGUCCAUUCUGCUGUCGAUAUGGAUGCCUCAUACACGUCAACUCGCCUGCGAUCCGAUACCUUCAAAGGUGUUCUUACGUCCAUGGCUGUCCUUCCUCUCAACAGGCUGCUGCUCCUUGGCGCUGACUCAGGGAACAUAACUCUGCUCUGUUGAACUGUAUGUCAGCAAUAUGGAAACGAAAAACAUUUCUUUGGAUCUCAUUUACAGAAACUUCAAUUAAUAAUAUGAUUGUAAACAUUCCAUUGCAUAUCGAAGCACACACAAAAUAAUAAUAAUUAUUAUUAUUAUUUGUCCAAAUACAAGCUUAGGAUGAGAAUGUGCAGCUAUUAAUUUCCAUUGUCUUCAUCACUAAAAGUUUGUAAAGGUUUUUUUUUGUACUAAUAUAGUAUUCAUAGCAUAAUGGCAGAAAGUUUGAAAGAUACGAAAAACCAGUUACAUGACUGCUGAGUGAUUAUUGUAGGACUGCAUUUCCAGCAGCUGUGUAAGUUUGUUCCUGUGUAAACUAGUUGUCAGUUAUAUCUGAUUUAAAAUGAAAGCACAGCCCCAGUAUUUAUUUUAAGUGUUAUUAAUCAUGCUUUAGUAUUAUUUUGAUAACCAAAGAGGCUUAAAAGCUGCAUGGGAGUGGAGUUAAAACUACGAGGGUAAGUCAAUUAUUAUCUGCAAAGUAAUUAUAAA